UGUUAAACCACCUCCCGCUUUAAUAUCGACCACCCACGGUUUUAUUUUGACACUUUAACGGUCAGGAAAGCACAUCCCGCCCCGCUUCCUCGUCACCGCCACAGCGCGGCCUAGCCCCGGAACUCCGCUUUGAGAUGAACGAAAUUAAAGUCACUCGCUUUCUACGGCCAAUAUAAUAACUUUAUGGAAAAUUCCAGGCGGUGUACAUCAUCAAAGUGUUUUAUGUGGCAUUCGGCUGUGGUCUUAUUGAGUAAAUCGUAAUAUUGAAGGAUGGGUACAUCUCCUGCAGCCUCCCUCUGCGGAUUCAUCCUGGACCAAUAAUCGAUAUAAAUUUGCCGGGACGUUUAUUUUGUGUUGAUAUUUCAAUUGCACUAUGAACGUUUUGUUUAAUUUAACACGUUUCGAUUGAAAAUGGGCAGAAAUAAAAACGGAUUUAAUGACAUCUCCACCCGUCGCGUCGAAAGAGCUGCGGAAUUAUAGAGACUGUUUGUUCACAAAAAUAGAACAAGGUUUGGUUGGAGCUGCAGCGCCGCCGCGCGCCGUCCAACGACGUUAACGUCCAUAUUUGGAAUCUUCAUUGUGACAGGAAACGUACGUUAAAUAUCGGCCCUUCAACUCCUCCACCUCACCUCAGCAUGGAGGACUCAGAGACAGAGCUGGCAGUGGCAGAGACGGACGCUCUGGGUGCCGAAUUUAUCACUGUGGAGUUGGACACACAACCAAUUGAAUAUGUGGUGAAAUGGGCAGAGGUUGGGUCCAAAUUCACAAUCUCUUGUGUGAAAAAUGACGGGUCGGAGCUGGGGGCUGACGAGCUGAAGAUCGAGGCAGAUGAAGCAUUCUUUGCCCCGUAUGAGGAGGUGUACCCUUGUGAGGUGAUGGAACAGAGUGUGGAGAUUAAGACAGAUUCUGAUGAGUAUGACCCAGAGGAGGAGGAGCAUGAGGUCCUAGUAGAGGCAGGAAGUAGCCAGCUGGACGGCGAGGCUGAUUCUGAUCAGGAUGACUAUGAACCAGAGGAGAGGCAGUAUCGCUGCAAUUACUGUGGGAAGUGCUACAGCCACGCCUCGAGCUUGUAUCGCCAUCAGCAGAUGCACACCGGCAGAAGCAGUGCAACUCCAGCGAAACGGGGUAUGGAGUUAACGCUCCAAGAUGCACGACACACCUGUACCCACUGUGGUAUGAGCUUCAAAGGCAGCAGGAUGCUGGGUAGUCACCUGCGGCUCCAUGGGAAGCGGCGUAUUCACCCAUGUAACAUCUGUGGCAAAGAGUUCAACCACAGCUCUAGCCUGUCGCGCCACCGCCUCAUCCACAAGAAAGGCAAAGAAAUCCCAGUUGACAAUGUCCCUAUUGCCAACAUGGCCACCGUGCACCACACGCUGAAACCUGGCGGUAAGAUCAAAAGAGCAAAAAAGCACCAGCACGUGGCUACAGCAAUCAUUCAGAGUCCGGGCAGCGACAAGUUCUACGCCUGCCCGCAGUGCGACAUGAGCUUUGGAACAUCGACGCAGCUGUCCAAGCACCAAGUGACACACGUGAAAGAGCUACUGGACAACUACACUCCCGAAAAAGAGAACUUGGCAGAAACUUCAUCCGACCUCAAGAUCCGUCUCAAGCUCUGCUCCCGUGACAAGCCUAAUUUCUACACACUUUGUAAAAAGAAUCGCCGCCGCCGUGGGGGCCAUGCUGGCAAACGAUGCAGCGCUCCCUCGGAAGAUGAUGAGAGCAGUGUUGGAGGGAGCACUGGAUACUACGGCUGCAGCCUGUGCGGAAAACGGUUUAGCCACGCCUCUAGCCUGGCCAGGCACCAGCAGACACACAGGGCAGGGAAUAACAGCGGUCGAGCAAAGUCUGGAAUUUCUGCUGCAAAGACCAAGAUCUACACAUGCGCCGCCUGUAACAAGACCUUCAUGCACUCAUCCAGCUUCUCCCGCCACAAGAAGGCGCACAUGGAACAGGAGCAGCGUGCGCUGGCUGCUGCUGCCAAUCAUCAGAAGAUUGUCUUGGAUGAGACUGCACCCCUGGAGUCUGAGGACUCUGACUGAUGUGGUACAGCUCUGUACAUGGUUCAGAACCUGGUCUGACAUGGUUCUGAACUGGUGUCGACUGGUUUGUGACCAAUUCUGGAAGAGUUAUAAAAAUGAAAAACUUACGGAACAGGCAUCAGGUCUCUGUUCCUAGACAUUCAGAUGUUGGGACCUGGACCUGGUCAAUUCUUCUCUGCUUUUGAUAGCAGCAGGAACAUCCAUAUAUGGUCUUGUAUUAGAUGAAAGUCACCAAAAAUGGUCAGAUCCAGUUAUGGUCAUUACUGACCAUUAAGGCCCCUUCUUUCACACUCCAUUUCCCAUCAACCAUCUGCAGACAGAGCUGGGAGCCAUCAGUUUCUGGCCACGCCCUCUGUCGGGCACAGCAUCAUGGGAAAUUUGAAAGUCUAUUCAUGUCAUUUUACUGGAAUUUGGAUUCUGAUGCAGCCACUUGAUUCAUCAGCCUGAUUCUGACCCCUUUUGUCAUCUUAUGUGUUUUUCUUUUUUUUUUCUUUUGUCCCUGCUCAAACUCCUUUGCUCACAUUCGUUUUUGUUCUUCCACACCUCCUGAUUGACUGUAAUUGGCUGGAGUUCUCUUGUAAAACCAAGGAGAUAAUGUAAUUGGUCCUGUGCCCAGGUCAUUGUUAUAUGCAUGAAGACUAUUACUGCAGCUUGUCGGCCAUAACGGAAAUUUUUUUUUCCCCCCCUCAUUUGUCACCCCAGCUGUGUGUGGUUUUAGCGGCAUCGCACAGUGUGCGUUAGUCGUUUGGGAUCUGCACUUAUUUAUAAAUUUGGAACAAUGAUGUAUAUGAAUAUUAAUGGUAUUUAAAUGUAACUUACCAGUAAAAACAAAAUGUCACGAAGGUGGUGCCGUGGGCCAUUGCAACGUUGUUCUUCCACCACCCUCAUUGUUGAACAUCACCAUGGUCUGUUUUAUUGGUUCAUUGAAAAUUUUCGUGGUGAUAUUGCUCUCAUUUGAAGAUAUCACACCAUGUCAUGACACCACCCUCGUUUCUCCACUACAAUAUUGUGUUCAGUUCAGCCCAGUGGUAUUCAAGCUCACCUGUUUAUUUAUGAGGAUUUGUGAGAAGCAGUUGGACUGGGUGGCGUGGCCCAACCGUUGCCUCUCAGCCACCCUUUCAUUGGCUCUUACUGUUGUUUUUGUUUUGUUCUCGGUUCAUCACCUGCAGAUAGAAGCUUGUUCGUCAUCGUGUCGUGUUUGAUUAGGAAAAAAAAUGUUAACCUGUUUUUUUUUUCCAAAUAAAUCCGAGAAAAAACAAA